AGAAGCUACGGUGGGCAGCACUUGUGGUUUUGUUGACAUCUGCUUAUGAAUGAGACUUUUGGUGUUGAGACUGGUAAAGACUGGGCAUGAUGACUACAGAGCCUGCCAGCCUGGAGAACCUGCACGUGCUGUACCACAGUGAUGACUACAUUGUAGUGGACAAACACUGGGAUAUUCGCAUAGACAGUAAGAUGUGGUACGAGAAACUCACUGUGCAGGAGCAGCUGAGACACCACUUUCCUGAGUUGGCAGACCCAAACACCUACUAUGGAUUCAGGUUUUGUCAUCAGUUGGAUUUCUCUACAAGUGGAGCCCUUUGUGUCGCUCUCAACAAGGCUGCUGCUGGCCGGGCGUACCGUUGCUUUAAGGAUCGCACCGUCACCAAAGCUUAUCUCGCCCUGGUACGUGGCUGGGUGGAGGAGGAAAACCAAACGUUGGACUUCUCCAUCGGCAAGAAUUCUUCAGAGGGAAAAACACACAUGAUGUGUAUCGAGGGAACAGAGGGAUGUGAAAACCCCAAGCCUUGCCAAACUGAGCUGACAGUGUUGGAGCAUGGGUUAUAUGAUGGAGACCCUGUAACCAAAGUGCUACUACAGCCACUUACAGGCCGAACCCACCAGCUGCGUGUCCACUGCAGUGCAAUAGGCCACCCCAUCGUUGGUGACUUCACCUACAGCUCAGGAGUAGAUGUCACCCCCUAUCGUAUGAUGCUUCACGCUCACUUCCUCCACAUUCCCCUGGAACCUCAGCCCCUGCUCGUCUCUGCUGGAGACCCCUUCCUUCCCACAGUGGAUCCAAAGUGGCUCCCACAGCGCACGUUACGGACGCUGACUGCCACUGUGGAGGCGCUGCUGGAGCGGAGGAUGGUAGAAGACAGGAGGAGCAAAGAGGAGGCAAGAGAGAGGGAAGAGGAGAAGAGGGAAAAAGGAAAACAGAGAAGGACUGAGGAGGAGACUGAGGAGCAGAGGAGGCAGUGCCAAGAAUGGCUGAGUGAAUGGGCUGGAGAUUGAUGAACUACCUUGUGUUAUUUAUAUUUAUAUUAAAUUAUGGAUUCAGUGUUUGCCUAGAAACGUUGUCUUAAGCACGAGCCAUCUUAUUCAUCAAAAAACACCUGCAUCUGGAGGGUUCUGCUGCUGGUUCACCAUUCUUUUGGUGAAUGAAAUAAAGACAAAGAAACUCCAGACAUUAAUCCUCGUUUAGGAGACUAAAAUAGGCCAGUCAUAAGGCGAUGCUGGAACAUUUCCAUUGCACUAAACAUACUCUGUAGGACAAAAAUAUUGAUUUCCAUCAUCCAGGAGCAUCUUAUCCUCAGCACAAACAGUGAAUGUGAGGAGAGCAUGAGAGACAGAUGGCAGCAAGAUAAGCUUGUAUGCAUUAUCAAUUUGAAUAAACAAACCAUGUCAAGAAAAUCAAUUACAGAUUUUUGGACCAACUAAUAAAUGCAGCAGUAAAUCAUUGCAGUAUCUAAGCAAUUGCUGAAAGUUUACUUUGCAAACAUAUUAAGCUGUAAUGUCACAUGUAACUCUAGCUUUUGCUGCACCUUGACAGUGACUGAAUGCUAAAUAAAUCAUUUUAUACAACUCGUGCAUAACAAAGUGUAAAAUUAUUGUUGAUUUUUUUUCUAGUUUUUCUUGUUCAGGAAAAGCUAUUUCAAAAAUAGAAUUAUUGCAAGACUAUUUUGUCAGCCUCAUUUACAUUUGAGCACAUAUUAGCAAACACAAAUGUAAAUUGUAAUUGCAGUAUAUUUGUGAUUUUACAUUCUGGCCGCUUUUUCGCUUCUUUAAAUCUUUAAGUAAUGUUAUUGUGAAUUAUUUACAGAACAUGGGAAGUUAUCACAUUGGAGAGGUACAAGAGGGAGAGAAGACAAAAAAAUCAAAUCAGGUUAUAGGAUACGGAAAAUUACUAAAUAUUACAUUGUGUUCUUAUCUUGCUCUUUAAAAUUAACAAAGUCUGGCUUUGUAGGUUUGACAUAUGCUGUCCAUUUGGUCCAAACUCAUAAUUAUUUCUUUUAGGACUCUGAAGAAAAAUAAAAACUGCUCUAUAACAUAUUUCAUG